AUGUGCGGGCCAACAAAAGAGACUCAGAAUGAUGAGCUCGAUGUGCCCAAAAAACAAAUGGAAGAUAUCCGAGAGGAGCGGUUGAGCGAGUUGCGAAGUUCCUACCUUUCUGUCCUAUCGGCAGAGCAAAGACCGAUUGAAGAUGGCGAAUCUGACAUGACGGACGAAGAAUUGGAACCCUAUCGAAUGCUCGGGGACGCUCCUAUGGACACUGUGCUAGAUUUGCUGCGAAAAGAAGGUCACAAACUUGGUGCUAUGGACAACUUUCUGGAAUUGGCAUAUCAGGCGAAUGAAAUGAAGAUGAAUGAUGCCAAACAAAUAACUCCAUCUCAAGAGGCCAUGUGUACCUUUUUGAAGACAUACGAACACCUUCCAUCUUGGGUGGACAAACAACAACUGCAACGAGGACAGGAUGUCUUUUUGGCGUACUCGCCCGCCGCAGCGCUGUCGCUAUACUAUCGAAGUUUGGUGCCCGGGUUCGCGGCACCCAAGAUCAAUGCUGUGGUCCAGUCCACUGCCUACCUUACACCUCCGGCACGACCCGAUCAGAGUUUGCAGCGGAUUCUAGAUACAGGUGAAUUGUUGGCCGCUUGCACUGGCUUGGGCGUCGAUGCCUUGCUUCCUAGGGGCAUUGGAUGGAAGAUGGCCAUUCAUGUGCGGGUCCUGCACGCCAAGAUUCGAUUUGCCUUGCUGCAGCGCCAAGGCAAACGGACAUGGGAUUUGGCUGCAAAUGGAAUUCCCAUCAACCAAGAAGACAUGUCGGCAACUCUGCUGGCCUUUAGCGUCAAUGUGUUGGUCGGAAUCGAUCUGAUAUCUGGUAGCUCCUUAUCGGACAAGGAAAAGUUGGAUUAUUUGGCCUUGUGGCGGUACAUUGGUUGGUUGCUGGGCAUUGAAACUCGAUGCGACGACCACAAUCCAUUGGCCAAUCCACGAUUGUCGGGGGAACCCAGUUUGGAAGAAUUGCCGCCCUUGGAUCCAUGUGGGCCACCACCAAGACUACAAUUAGGAGUAUUACAAGGCAACAAGAAGCAAAGCCUUCGCAACCCGAUCCAACGAUCCUUUGCCCUCCUACAGUCCAUUGUCAAUCACUUAGGCGAUCCCGACGAGACAUCUGUAACCAUUGCUCAUCACUUGCUAAAGGUGACGGAUCGUUUGCCUCCAAAGGGCAAAUCCAAGGAAGAAUUGGAUCAAUUCUAUACCAAUCGAUUGUUUUAUUACCGAUCCUACCAAUGCCGUCGAUUCAUUGGGGAUGCCCUGGCUGACGCCUUGGAACUUCCCUUUCAUCCCAGUCCCUGGACACGUAGAAGCAUCGCUUUGUCGUCGUCCUUUUCUUGGUUUCUCUUUCGAUGUUAUACCUUGAUGGCCAUGAAGGUACCCUUUUUGCGAAAAUGGAUGGUGCGCUUCCAUGGGCGUGGCAUGAUGAAGUUUCAUCAAUUGUGGAACAAGACGUACGAAAGCAAAAUGACCAAGCUGAUGGAGGUACGACAGUCCAUGGCGGGUAUUUUGGGAUUGUCUACUACUAGUACUACUACUGCUGCUGCUACUACCGUGCCCAAGGAAGAAACACCGACCAAAUCUGACAACAACAGCAACAAGUCGAGCAUGUGCCCAUUCGCCAUGAUUGCUCCACCAACACAAUAA